AAUAAAGAGUCUGUUGUUAACACAGACAAGAGACAGUCGGCAUUCGCAAAAUGGGUGCACAGGACGGACCUUCGGCCAUCGUGUCUGCAGAGUUUGAGGUCUUUGGGCAAGUGCAAGGUGUAUACUUCACCAAGUACUGCAGAGACCUGUGUGUCCAGCUGGGAAUUGGAGGCUGGGUGAAGAACAGCAAGACGGGCACGAUAGUUGGCAAGAUGCAGGGAGAAAGAAGCAAAGUGGAACAGAUGGUCGAAUGGUUGUCCAGGACGGGGAGCCCAGGAAGCAAGAUCGACCAUUGUGAUUUCGGAAACUGGGAGUAUCUCGCGAGACAAGAUUUCCGGGGUUUCAGCAUCAGAUUCUGAGUGAACUGCCAAUACAAACUGCGACUGUCCUGUCGUCUCCAAUGGAAGAAGAAGCCAACUGAAGAAUUCGGCACGUUACGAAUCAAUGGAGAAUUUUCAUUGUAUGAUGUGUAUAUUAUAGUUCUUUAAACCUGUGUUCUAUAUUUUAAUUAAGAGGUGAUUAGCCAACAACGUACUAUAUUUUACAACUGAAAGUACUUUCUGUGCGAAUGUAUCUGAGAAUUGGUGGGACAGUAUCCAAAGAUAAUCAAAAACUUGCUGUCAAACCACGAAAAAAAGACGGAAUAACAAAAUAUCUAAGUUUCUCUCGUGGGCUGACUGUGUAUGUGAAGCAUGAAAGUGUGAUUUUGCAUUGAACUGUGAAAAGCUAGACAUCAGAAGUAGCUGUAAUGUUACGAAAUUGAAUUUCGCAGUAUCUAUUAAAGUACGCACUAAUAAAUGAUAGUUUACAUAUA